AUGCAAUUCCUCUACUAUCUACUUCCAAAGCUCAAGCAAGAAGCAUAUGAACACCUAUGCUAUUAUUUGCAAUAUAUUGAUGAAAUAGCAAUAUUGAUAAUAAUCAUUAAUAAUAAUAAUAAUAAUAUUAAUAAUAAUAAUAAUAAUAAUAAUAAUAAUAAUAAUAUAUAUCAUAUUUUAUAUUCUAAAUUAUAUAAUCAUUUAAAACCAUCACAACACACCUAUACACUCACUCAUUCAAGCAAUCAACCAACAUCGAUUCAUCUAAUCUUUAUGAUUUAUUCAUUAAUUUUUAGAGCAACUCAAUUGGAGGUGUCAUAUCAAUUUGACUAUGAAAGUGAAAGUAGAGUUGUUGAAAGUAUGUUUGUCUCGAUCAUUAUCGUCUCAGCUCCUUUAAUACUGGGUGUGUUUAUUGUGGAUACUCUGUAUUGUAUAAAGAUCGAGUACGAUGUAAUAACAAAUAAAAUUAAAACUAUUAAUAAUAAUAUUGAUCGAUUAUUAUUAGUUUAUAUUUUCAAAAUCAAUGAUAAAUCCAUAUUCUAUAGAUAUAGAUGUAUCUUAAUAUUAGAGCAAAUUAAAUUAAAUUAA